AUGAUGCAUCAAUAUAUUCCAUUAAUAAUAAUAAUUCAUGUCAUUCUAAUUAUUUGUUAUAUUGAACCAAUAUCAUCAACAAAUCAACCUCGUUUAUUAAUUGUUUCACUUGAUGGAUUUCGUCAUGAUUAUUUGAAAAACUAUUCGUUACCAACAUUAAAUCGUAUACAAAAUCAAGGUGUUAGAACAAUAAAUGGAAUGGAACCAACAUUUGUAACAAUGACAUUUCCUAAUCAUAUAUCAAUUGCAACAGGAAUGUAUCAAGAAGAUCAUGGGAUUAUUCAUAAUCGAUUUUUUGACACAAACAUUAAAAAACAUAUUACAUUUGAUACUCGAGAUGAAGGACAAUGGGCUGAUCCUAAAGUUGAGCCUAUAUGGAUUACAGCAACAAAACAAAAUAAAAGAUCUGCUGUAAUUUACUGGCCAGCAUCUCAUAAUAUAUUUAAUGGUGUUCGUCCAAUCAUAUAUAAUUCAUUAUAUUCUGAUGCUAUUCCAAUGCGUGAAAAGAUAGAUAAUGCUAUUACUUAUUUUCGUGAAAAUUUUAUUCAAUUAGCUAUGCUUUAUCAUUAUGAACCUGAUAGACAAGGUCAUGCGUAUGGCCCUGAUUCAAACGAAACUCGUGAAGCACUUUUUCGUCUUGAUGGUGAUAUUGAUUAUUUAUUAAACAAAGUCAAAAGUGAACUUAAUGAUGAUUUAAACAUUAUUAUUCUAUCUGAUCAUGGAAUGGCUAAUAUUGUACAAUUAUUGCAACCAUUUCGUGAGGGUUAUAUCAAUAGGUCGUCAGUGGAAGAUAAUAUUCUUGAUGGUCCAAUAUUUAGUGUUACUCCUCGUUCAGGAGAAUUUCAACAAGUAUUCAAUGGUUUACGUGCUAUUCCUGGUGUUACAGUUUACAAACGUGAAGAAUUUCCAGAACGAUAUCAUUAUUCAAAAGCAAUCUAUCGACUUGGUGAAAUAAUUCUUGUACCUAAUAACGAAGGCAUCUAUUUUUCACAAGCACUAACGAAAAUACCGUCUCCAAAAGGUAAUCAUGGAUAUGAUAAUACACUUCCAUCAAUGCAAGCUAUAUUUAUGGCACAGGGCCCAGAUUUUAGUCAACAUUUUGAAAUAAAUUCACUGAAAAAUGUUGAUGUUUAUCAUAUUGCUUGUAAAAUUUUAGAUCUUAAACCGAAUCCUUAUGCAACAGCUGGGUCACUUAACAAUUUAACCGGCAUAUUUCGUUCCAGAACGAAUAAAUGUUCUCAAUCAUUUAUAAACAUGUCAGUACUAUUAUUAGAAAUUUUUUCAUAUUUUUUCAUAGAAAUUUAA